GAGCACCCAAGUUGUCAUCUGGCAACACUGCGCAUUAUUUUGUUAUAUUUCUGACACAUAUUUUAACUAGGCAAUCGGCGACAAUCGAGAGAUAUAAUUCGUGAUAAACAAGUAAAAGCACGUUGAGGGACUCGCCGCUCCCCUCUAAAGCCUAUCAUUAGACCAAAAAGAAACGGUGACCUGAGUGCCAACAACAGGCUGCAUGCUGAACGUGCCCAUCGAAUUAUUUCACGCGCAAAACGUUUUCUAUUUUUUUUUUUGUGUGUGCCAGCCGCACAUUCUGCGAAACUCUGCUCGUUCCAGCGUAAUUACUCGGAAUUACAAGGCUCACGCGAAUUCCUUUCCAGCGACAGGGACGAACUGCCCCGCCAGUAAGUGUGGCACAGGCGGCGAGUCAGCGAUCCGAACGAUCCACGCACAUCGCCGGACUCGAGAAUCGCAGGGGAAAGAAGAAGAAAAGCCAGCAGCUAUAGAAACGCCAGAAGAGCGAGGGAAGCAACAGCAGCAGCAACCUUGGGUGAAGAGGAGGCUGCACAGGCGUCGCCAUGAGCGUGGACACGUAUGCGCCCAGCUCGGCGCUGUCGUUCCUGGACAUGGACGACACCGAGCUGAUGCCAGGAGCAGAUACACAGCCCACGCAGUAUGAUUAUCGUGACUUUACCAUGCCGUCCAAUUCGCAGAGUCAGCAGGUUGACCACCAGCAGCAGCUGGAGCUCCACUCUCGCGGCCAAACUGGAGGCGGAGGCGGUGGCGACUCGCAUCCGCGCCUGGCCAGCAUCACCAACGAUUUGGCCGAUUUGCAGUUCGAGGAGGAGGACGACGACGGCGGCAGCAGCUCAUAUGUAAAGGAGCUGCCGGCGCAUGCCUGCAAAUACUGUGGUAUCCACGACCCGGCCACGGUGGUGAUGUGCAACAAUUGCAAAAAAUGGUUCUGCAAUGGACGCGGCAGCACCUCCGGCUCGCACAUCAUUAACCAUUUGGUGCGGGCCAAGCACCGCGAGGUGACCCUCCACGCCGACGGGCCGCUGGGCGAGACCGUGCUCGAGUGCUACUCCUGCGGCGUCCGCAAUGUCUUUGUGCUGGGCUUCAUACCGGCCAAGGCGGAUUCCGUUGUGGUGCUGCUCUGUCGCCAGCCUUGCGCUGCCCAAAAUUCACUGAAGGACAUGAACUGGGAUCAGGAGCAGUGGAAGCCCCUAAUCGCCGAUCGCUGCUUCCUGCCUUGGCUGGUGAAGCAGCCCAGCGAACAGGGCCAGUUGCGGGCGCGCCAAAUCUCGGCGGCGCAGAUCAACAAGCUGGAAGAACUGUGGAAGGAGAAUAUCGAGGCCACGUUCCAGGAUCUGGAGAAGCCGGGCAUUGACUCGGAGCCGGCCCAGGUGCUGUUGCGCUACGAGGAUGGGUAUCAGUACGAGAAGACUUUCGGGCCGUUGGUCCGCCUGGAGGCCGACUACGACAAGAAGCUGAAGGAGUCGGCCACCCAGGAGAACAUCGAGGUGCGGUGGGAUGUGGGUCUGAACAAGAAGACCAUUGCCUACUUUACGCUGGCCAAGACCGACUCGGACAUGAAGCUGAUGCACGGCGACGAGCUGCGUCUGCGAUAUGUCGGUGAGAUGUAUAGUCCUUGGAGCGAGACCGGGCAGCUCAUCAAGGUGCCGGAUAACUUUGGCGACGAUGUCGGCCUGGAGUUGAAAUCCUCCUCCAAUGCGCCGGUCAAGUGCACCAGCAACUUCUCGGUGGAUUUUAUUUGGAAAUGCACCUCCUUCGAUCGCAUGACCCGUGCCCUCCGCAACUUUGCCAUGGACCGCAAUUCGGUGUCCAAUUUUAUAUACACGCGCCUGCUGGGCCAUGGCCGUGCCGAUGCCAACGACGAGGUGCUGUUCCGUGGGCCACAGCCCAAGCUGUAUAGCGCCCCGCAUCUGCCGGAUCUGAAUCGCAGCCAGGUGUAUGCCGUGAAGCAUGCUUUGCAGCGUCCCCUCUCGCUCAUCCAGGGACCGCCGGGCACCGGCAAGACCGUGACCUCGGCCACCAUUGUCUACCAGCUGGUGAAGCAGCACGGCGGCACUGUGCUGGUGUGCGCUCCCAGCAACACGGCUGUGGACCAGCUGACGGAGAAGAUCCAUCGCACCAACCUGAAGGUGGUGCGCGUGUGCGCCAAGAGCCGCGAGGCCAUCGACAGUCCGGUGAGCUUCCUCGCUCUGCACAACCAGAUCCGCAACAUGGAGACCAACACGGAGCUGAAGAAGCUGCAGCAGCUCAAGGACGAGACCGGGGAGCUGAGCUCGGCGGACGAGAAGCGCUAUCGGAGUCUGAAGCGCGGAGCGGAGAACCAGCUGCUGGAGGCCGCCGAUGUCAUCUGCUGUACGUGCGUGGGCGCCGGAGAUGGACGCCUGUCGCGCAUCAAGUUCACCUCGAUCCUCAUCGACGAAUCCAUGCAGUCCACGGAGCCGGAGUGCAUGGUGCCAGUGGUGCUGGGCGCCAAGCAGCUAAUCCUCGUCGGCGACCAUUGCCAGCUGGGACCGGUGGUCAUGUGCAAGAAGGCCGCUCGCGCCGGUCUCUCGCAGAGUCUGUUCGAGCGUUUGGUUGUCCUGGGCAUCCGUCCGUUCCGUUUGGAGGUGCAAUAUCGCAUGCAUCCGGAGUUAUCCCAGUUCCCGUCCAACUUCUUCUACGAGGGAUCGCUGCAGAACGGCGUCUGUGCGGAGGAUCGACGCCUUAAGUUGGACUUUCCAUGGCCGCAGCCGGAGAGACCCAUGUUCUUCCUGGUUACCCAGGGUCAGGAGGAGAUCGCCGGCUCGGGCACCUCCUUUCUCAAUCGCACCGAGGCUGCCAAUGUGGAGAAGAUCACGACGCGCUUUCUCAAGGCGGGCAUCAAGCCGGAACAGAUUGGCAUCAUUACGCCGUACGAGGGACAGCGUGCCUACUUGGUCCAGUAUAUGCAGUACCAGGGUAGCCUUCACUCUCGCCUGUAUCAGGAGAUUGAAAUUGCCAGCGUGGAUGCGUUCCAGGGACGCGAAAAGGACAUCAUUAUCAUGUCGUGCGUGCGUUCCAACGAGCGGCAGGGCAUCGGCUUCCUGAACGAUCCCAGACGCCUCAACGUGGCCCUCACUCGCGCCAAAUACGGUAUCAUCAUCGUGGGCAAUCCCAAGGUGCUCGCCAAGCAGCAGCUGUGGAAUCAUCUGCUCAACUUCUACAAGGACCGCAAGGUGCUCGUCGAGGGCUCGCUGAACAACCUGAAGGAGUCGCUCAUCCACUUCCAGAAGCCCAAGAAGCUCGUCAACAGCAUGAACAUUGGCGCCCACUUCAUGUCCACCAUGAUGGCCGAUGCCAAGGAGGUGAUGGUGGCCGGCUCAAUCUACGAUCGCAGCGGUCGCCCGAUUCCCGGCCAGGCGGCUGUGAAUGGCUCCCAGUUUGGUAGCGGCGGCGGUGGAACUCCCUAUGGCGGUGCAUCUCCCCUGGGUUAUGGCGGUGGUGCCCCCGGCAACUCCAACUCCAUGCAUGGCUUCAAUCUGGGCGCUGUCGGUAGUGGCAACAACAACUUUGCCAGCGGCGGUGGUGCGGGCCCAAGCUGGGCAGCUGCCCACCUGCACCACGACUCCAUUGGCUACAUAUCCAAUGAGCAUGGUGCCGCCGCUCUGGGCAACAUGCCCGUGCCCGUGGGCAUGUUCAUGAACAUGACCAAUCUGCCGCCGCGUUUCUACAACCAGCACCAGCAGGCGAUUAUGGCCGCCAAGCAGAAUCGGCCCAUGCAGCAGCAGCAGUCUGGCAACUUCCCCUCAAACGCUGCCACAGUCAGUGGAGGCGGCGGCGGAGGAGGAGGAGCCGGCACCACCACCGCCGCCGGGUCGGGAAGUAACUCUCAGGCAGGCGGUGGCAAGAAAUCCCAUAACAGGGGCAAGCUACGGACAACGAGUGGCCACCAGGGAAGUGCCGGAGCUGGUGGGGCAGCGGUGGUAGUGGGAGGACCUACCAGUGGACAAAGCUCGGGAGGGAGUGUGACUCCAUUUACCCAGCAGCCGGUGCCAUUGUCGCUGCAAAUGACGCAGCCGAGCGGAUUUGCACUAUCGCAGCAGCCGGAGUUAUCGCAGGACUUUGGCCAGAUAUCACAGAUGGACGGUUUGCUCUCCCAAGAUGUGGCCUUUAAUGUGUCGGGCGAACGCAGUUUAAAUCAAUUCUCACAGCCUUAUUGAGAAUCCGGCCGCCGCAGGUGCACCACCAAAUUACAAACGAUUACAAAAGCAACCCAAAUGAAAAAAAAAAACAACAACAACAAACUCAAGAUUUUGAAAACAACAAUCAAAGAGUAGCAGCAUCAGCAAGGAGCAGACACCAAACAAGGAGGAGGACUACGAGCACAGGGAAACAACGACAGAUGCGACAAACGGCGCAGCGAGAGGACCUAGGAGGACAUGAGUACGGGCGGGGCCGCCACCAAGGACACGGAGAAACGGGCAAAAGAAAAUAGAAGGAAAGGGUAUACAGAGAGAGAACGAGAACGAGAUCGAGAGAGAGAGAGAGAGAGAGAGAGUGCGGAGUCCAUUACAGGCGGUAGUGAGCAGAGCCAGAUCACUCACAGGGCCACCCAAAAGAGGAUGACAGAAAAAGAUGCACUGCAGCAAGCGAUGCUGAGCGCUAUGAGCGAAUGAGCUCCGCAGGAUCGGAAAAGCCUGCCGGCCAGCCAGUCAGCCAGCGAUGUAACGCAUUUUCUUGAAAGGCGUAUGUCGAAGCCACUCCCAAGGGAGGUGCCAGUGGCCCAUCAUCUUUUGAAACCUUCUUCACACCAUUCUCUGCCUUCCAGUGCAGCAGUGCAGCCAUGAAAACCCAAGCUCAUGCUCUAGACUUUUAAUUCCAAAACACGUUUACACCUCACAUCGGCCGGCCCCAAGCAAAGCCCACAACUGUUGUACAUUUCGUAAGUCUUCGAACACUUUUUUGACUUCUGUAUGCAUUUGUUAUCCACAAAAAACCAACAAAGCAAAACCAAACGAAAAGAAAAAAACAAACAACAACAGAAAAUGUUAAAACUAAAUCAAAAACGUAAGAAUAAUGGAUACGGGAAUUCACACAAUGUUUCGAUCGCGGGGCUUGCCAAUUUCCACGGGGCGGAUGAUUGAAAAUCGAAUGAACGAUGACACGACGGAUGUGAUCUUCCCACCCACCCACAAAAAAUGAGAAAUCCAAAACACAGGAACAAAAAAAAAGAGGAUCAGAAGAGGUUAAUAUUAAUUCUAAUAUUAAUGCAGUUACACAGAUGCCUGUUGAUUGUUUUUAAAACGAUAUAUGAAAAAGGGUAUAUAUUUUUGUCAAUAUAAUGUGAGUUUAUUUUCCCCCAAAACGCAACUCCUUGAAGAAAGAAAAAUCGAUCCGCUUUUCUUUUCUUUUUCCCCUUUGAAAUUCUAAAUAAAAAAUUUCAGUUUUUCUUUGCAAAAAUCAA